UCAACAAGACGGUAGCCAUAUUAAUCGGAUAUAAACACGGAAGAAGUUGACUCAUUGUCACAUUGUGAUUGAAGGAGACGUAAAUUAAAACAGAGUUUUACACGCAAACAGUGCUGAUCAAAAUGGGUUGUAUUAUAGGAACGGUGGCAUGUUGUUUUGGCUCUGCUGCAUGUAGUUUGUGCUGCGCCUGUUGCCCGUCAUGCAAGAACUCGACGGCCAGUCGUAUCGGAUAUGCGUUGCUGCUGCUCCUUGGAACGAUCGUGGCGGCGGUGAUGUUGACACCAGGCCUACGGACGGAGCUAGACAAGAUUCCUGGACUGUGUAAAGAUUUUAUAGGAGAUGUCGGGGGGUCUGGUGUGUCUUUCCAAAUUGCUGCCAAACAGCAGUGUGAUGAGUUUGUGGGUUACCUGUCCGUGUAUCGGGUUUGUUUCGCCAUGGCGGCAUUCUUCUUCCUCUUCUGUCUCAUCAUGAUCAAGGUGAACUCGUCUAAGGAUCCACGAUCAGGCAUACAGAACGGAUUCUGGUUCUUCAAGAUUCUAAUACUGAUUGGUAUAUGUGUUGGAGCCUUCUUCAUUCCCCGUGGCGCGUUUGGAAGCACACUGAUGGUCAUCGGAAUGAUAGGCGCAGCCAUCUUCAUCAUCAUCCAGCUGAUUUUGCUCAUUGAUUUUGCCCAUGGGUGGGCAGAGAGCUGGGUGCAGAAGUACGAAGACACUGAUAACAAGUGUUACUACUUCGGUCUCUUCUUCUUUACGGUUGUGUUCUACAUUCUCGCGAUAGCGGCCAUUGUCCUGUUCUAUGUGUUUUAUGCUAAUGGAGAGGAAUGCAAGCUUCACAAGUUCUUCGUCUCGUUCAACUUGAUCCUCUGUAUUGCGAUCAGCACGCUCUCCAUUCUGCCCAUGAUUCAAGAGUUCCAGCCACGUUCUGGCCUACUUCAAGCCUCACUGAUUACUCUGUAUGUGCAGUACCUGACGUGGUCAGCCAUGACUAACAAUCCAGACCGAGCCUGCAACCCUAGCCUGAAGUUGACGGGAUCUAAUAUUACGGAUCCCACCGGUGGGCAGACUGGCAGUCCCGAGAAACAGAGCAUCUUCGACUGGCAGAGUGUCCUCGCACUGCUCAUCUGGCUGUUUGCCAUUCUCUACUCCAGCAUCCGCACAUCAUCCAAUAGUCAGGUCGGAAAGUUGACCAUGUCGGAGAAGACUAUUUUACAGACAGACACAGGCUCGACUGACACGACCAUGGAGGACGGUAAACAGAAGGUGUGGGAUAACGAGGAAGACCAGGUGGCGUACAGCUACUCCUUCUUCCACUUCAUGCUGUCCCUCGCAGCACUCUACGUCAUGAUGACACUCACCAACUGGUUCAAUCCGAGCUCUGACUUCAGCACCCUGAAUGCGAACAUGGCAUCCGUGUGGGUGAAGAUCUCCUCCAGCUGGGUCUGUGUCGUGCUGUACGUGUGGACGCUGGUCGCACCCUGCGUCCUGCGAAAUCGUGACUUCAACUGACCGGAUGAAGACAAGCUGCAUGUGAUAUGAUUCCAUAUGUCAGACACACUUAAGUUUAGAGAGAUUAUGACAUUGUGCUUAUUUUUUAAAAGAAAACAAAAAACAUUUAUUCAGAGUAUAAUCAAUACUGAUUUUUUAUUUUUUAUUCUUAUUUUAUUUUAUUUUUUCUUAUGCAGAAUAUAUAUAUUAAAUAGUGGUUAGUUAAAUUCAGUUAUAAUUAUGUCAGUUUUAUCUCUGUUUUGUAACAAAGAUUCAGAUUUUUAAAGAUUUUAUGCUCUUUUUUUUUUCUUUUUUUUUUUAUUCAGUAUGGUAAAUUCUGAUUUAAAAAAAAUAAAAUUCUGAUGCUGAAUAUAUUUGCUAAAUAAUGGAAAGUUCAAAUUCAGUUAUAAUGUCAGUUUUAUAUCUAUUUUGUAACAAACCUUAAGAUUUUUUUUUAGAUUUGUGCUCCUUUUGUUUUUUCCUGUUUUGUUUCUGAACAAAUAUAUGAAAUUAUGGUUACCACACACACUCCGUUGUGUCUGUAGUUGCUAUUUGUAUGAGAUAGAAACAUUUGGAAAUGGCAUAAAUAUUAAGGAAAUUGUAUGAUAAUAAAUGAGCUUUUCUUUUCUUGUUCUUUUCAUUGGAAGCCGAUUUGUUAACUAAUAGCUACUGCAGUAGUUAAGUCAAUGGUAACUGUUUAUUUUUAGAAGAAACGCUGGAAAUGGCAUAUAUAAGAUUUACUUUUUAAAAGAUUGGAUGCAGAUAUGUUAAAUUCCGAGAUAGUCCAUUAUCCUCAUACAAAAAAAAAAUGCAAUUUUUUAUUAGUUAUGCAGGGUCACAUAAAAAUUAAGUUUGUGGUUUUUUGUUUACUUAAAUGGUAAUAUGUUUUUUGAAAUCCCUAUUACAGAAAAAAGUGAUAAAUUUUAGGCUUUGUGAAAUUAUAAAUUGUAAAAGCCAUAACUUUUCUUGGAUUGUUGCUUAGUAUGAAACAUUAAAAACAAAAGUAUUUAAACUUUAUUAUUUGACAUAUAAUUGUUACUGUUAAUAGUUAAUGUUAACAGCUUAAUACAUGUAUGUACUUACAGCUAUGUAACAUGUUACAUAUGAAUAUUUCCACAUAUUUAACAGGUUAAAUAAAACUUCCACAUAAUAUUACAUUAAAAUUAUUAAUAUCUCCACGUAUUUAAUAUUUUACAUAUGAAUAGUCGGGCAUGUCUAAUAUACUACAUAUGAAUAUUUUCUCCUUUUAAUGUGCUAAAUAUUGUUAAUCUUGCAUUUGAUUGAAGUAGUGAUGUGAAAUAUCCUAUACUUUGUGUGAUUAGUUGUAAAUAUUUUUAGGUUUUUUUUUUGUUAUCAGCAGUUUUUUAAUGCACUAAGUUGAUUAACCGUACCAGUUUGUGUAAGGUUUUCUUUUAGGGUGUACAGGUUUGAGAAAUUAUAUAACUUAUAUUGAACAAGUUAUCAAAUUGGGGGUUGGAGGGGUGGGUAAGAAUUAAUGUAAAUAUUCUCAAAUGUGAUCUUUUUGGAGUUCCAUUGUUUUAAAUGGAAAUCAGAAGUUGGUUUUGUUUUUCUAAAUAACAUGAGUUUUGGUUUUAUGUAUAUGUUGUUUUAGGCAUAUGAAUUUAUUCAGACAUAAUUUUUAUUUCAUAACAUUUUCUUGACGAAAAGUGCUAUAUAUAUAAUUUAUAUUCAGUACCGACUGCAAUGGGGAUGAAGGCUUGCUUCUUGGUGAGCUUUCACCACGCUUUAACUUUUGAUAAACUAAUGUUAAUAUAAAAAUUAAUAUUAUUAAUACUGUUAAUUUGCACCUGCUUUCUACUGCCGUGAAGGUAACGCUAGCCGCUGUGUAUUGUAUUCUGACCAUGUUACUAUGUAUUGGGUGCAACAUGCACAAUUACUGUUAUUACGUGUUAAGCAGAUUUCAUGUUGUCAUUUCGUUUUUUGUAAUGCUGUUUUCCUUCCCACCAUAACUAGUAAAUUGUUAUUGUAUGAUAUUUUCUUGUUUUCUUUGCUGUUUUUAGGAUGUAAAAUGGAUGAUUUUUUUGUAUAUGCUACAAGGAGCACAUAUACAAAUUUUUAAUGAAUUCAGGUGGAAUUUGAAAAACAUUAGGUCUGGGUUAUAAUUAACAUAUACAGUGAAACCUGUCUAAACCGGACCCUGAACAAACCAGAAUCCUGUCAAAAUCGGCAAAGUUUCAUGGUCUCAAAUAUUGUAAAUUCUAAAACUCGACCCUGUAAUCACUGGAUUCUGUCUUAAGUCUGAUAAAUAAUAUGUCCCCGACAUGAUCCGGUUUAAACAGGUGUCACUGUAUCUUGUAAUAUUAUUACAUAUUUAUAUUGAAAAAUACUUUAAUUCCCCUUUGACGACGGUUAUGUCAUAGUUUACUACAUGAAGUCAGUUACAAACAUGAUGCUCUUUUAUACCUGGGAUUUUUAACACAAAAUUGCAGAAUAAUCAAAUAACCGAUUAUUGCUACAAGAUAUUGGCUUUAUUGAGUCGAUGAUAUAAUGUGACAUGCGUCUAGUGUGAAAAACUUUUGAAUAAUAAAGCCAAUACCUUGACGCAUUCCUGUCUAUUUUACCUGAAUUUUAUUUCCACCUGUGAGGGUAUGUCACGAUUUAAGAUGUUAUACACCAAUAUACAAAAUUUGCCAAAAUGUUCAUCACUAUAACUUUGACAGAAAAAAAAGUUAGCUCGAGAUUCAUCCAGCUGUGGACUGUUUAUUGUUUAUCCCCACAAUAAAUGGGCUACAGUAGAUACUCGAGCUAUACUGACGUCCAAAAGUUAGCUCGAGAUUCAUCUAGCUGUGGACUGUUUAUUGUUUAUCCCCACAAUAAAUGGCCUACAGUAGAUACUCGAGCUAUACUGAUGUCCAAAAGUUAGCUCGAGAUUCAUCCAGCUGUGGACUGUUUAUUGUUUAUCCCCACAAUAAAUGGGCUACAGUAGAUACUCGAGCUAUACUGAUGUCCAAAAGUUAGCUCGAGAUUCAUCCAGCUGUGGACUGUUUAUUGUUUAUCCCCACAAUAAAUGGGCUACAGUAGAUACUCGAGCUAUACUGACGUCCAAAAGUUAGCUCGAGAUUCAUCCAGCUGUUUAUUGUUUAUCCCCACAAUAAAUGGGCUACAGUAGAUACUCGAGCUAUACUGAUGUCCAAAAGUUAGCUCGAGAUUCAUCCAACAGUGGACUGUUUAUUCCCACAAUAAACGGGCUACAGUAGAUACUCGAGCUAUAUUGACGUCCAAAAGAACUUUACAAGGCUUGAAAUUGUAUUUAAUUUAGAAAAGAAAAAACCUCCCGGUAUAGUGGGAUAUGAAAGUAUCAUGAAGUUCAGUAUCUAAACGUGACAAUGCACUUCAUAUACAUGUUAAGUGAUUGUAAAGUUCUUUUCGAUUAGCAACAAUAUUUAUCAAAUUAUUAAAAUUUUAUGUGUGUAAAGUUUCUUCUUUUGGAAGUCAAUAUAGUAAAAAAAAAUAUUUGUCAACCACAUUCUGGUUUUUUUUUUACAUUUAUUUUGGUUGUUUUAUUUUUAUUCAGAAGCUAACACUUCUUGAACAAAUUGCUUGAAAAGUUCAGUUAUAUUUUGGACCAGUGCAAUGUAAAUACGGUGUCCUUACUAAAUGUGUUGUGAUUCCAUCACUGUAUAGUUGUAUGUACUCAAGACUGUAUUUAUUGUGCUGAGAAUCUAAUAUGUUCUUAGAUAACUUACUACAUGUGUUUGACAGUAUCAGUGCCAUCUCUUAUGUCAAAAUGGUUUCAAAAUGGGCUACAUCUACAGUGUUGGUGUUCAUUAUGUUUCAAAACAGGAAGCUGCUUGGUUAAAAUAACUCUAUGCUCAUAAAACCCUAUCCAGAAUUUUUUGUGGGGUGCAUAUCUUUCGAAAAAGGACCGUUGCGAGUGUUGACAUUGUAAAAGAUGGUCACUUUUACGACGUGCAAAAUGUGAAACUGGCAGGUCUGUGGUGACAGAUUUGUACCUGGUUCCACCCACCCCCACCCCUGCUGUCCUCGACAUCUUUGGGUUUAAGCAGUCAUUUACCACAUAACCAAGUUGAAUUUGGUAAAAUGUAUUUGCAUUAUGAAUUAACAAAAAUUUAAUUUAAAAACAGAGAUCCGUUUGUGGAGCUACUAGCAUUUUUAGCCAUUUGGCUAUUUGAAAGUUUAAUUUGCCUUCCGAUUUUUUCCACCUUUACCAAAUUGCUAAUAAUUUGGGCACUUCGACUUAAAACUCUGCCAACUCUCUCUCCAAGAGUCCUGUUGACAUCAGACGGUCUGACGGGGCAGGGGGAGAUCGGGAGACAUGUUCAAAUACCAGGAGACUCAUGCAGAAUCCGGGAAGGUUGACAGUUCUGAUUCAGACCACAAAUUACUAUCACUGCGUUGAACGUUCAUUGUGCUUUCUGUCAUGUGUUUCUAUUGCUACCAGUAGUAAGAUGGUAAUCAUUGUAAAUAAACAUCCAUCAUCUAGUCAAACCUGCUUGUAAAGACCACCCAGGUAUCCAUUAUAAAGAGGUUAACCGGUAUGCAUAUGUAUAGACAUCAAACUCCAUUUGUAUAUGUGGGGAAAAAAAAGACAAUGGUGGCGGGGGUGGUUAAAGGACAGUAGAUUAAACCACAUGGGUUGAAUUAACGAAAGAUAGUUUUCUCUUAAACAGGUUUGCAUCCAAUUUAAUAACCUGCCCCACCCCCCACCUCCCACCCCCAGUAAC